CCACGUAAGAGUAACCAAUCUCCAGAAAGUUCCAAAACACCAAUUUCCUCAAUCCGUCUCUAGAACCUUCUUACUCCACCCACCCCUUUAAUUAAAUCAUUCCAUUCUUCUCAAACCCCUCAACUAAACUAAGAGUAACUAACUACACCCGUUUCUAAAAUUGAGUCUCACACACAAGCUUUCUUUAUGAAGGGAAUUUUAGUAAAAGAAGAAGAAACACUAGCAUAUACAAAUGCUGGUUCAUCAACAAGUUCAUCUUCCUCCUCCAAUUCAAAUCUUCAACCAAAACCAAUGGAAGGGUUACACGAAACAGGUCCGCCUCCAUUUCUCACCAAAACCUUUGAUGUCGUUGAAGAUCCUUCCACCGAUGGAAUCGUUUCGUGGAGCAGAGCUCGUAAUAGCUUCGUCGUUUGGGAUUUGAAUAAAUUCUCCACUGCGAUUUUGCCUCGGUACUUCAAACAUAGCAAUUUCUCUAGCUUCGUUCGUCAACUCAAUACCUAUGGAUUUAGAAAAGUUGAUCCGGAUCGAUGGGAGUUUGCGAAUGAAGGUUUUUUAGCUGGACAGAGGAACUUGUUGAAAACGAUCAAGAGAAGAAGAAAUGUAGCACAAUCGCCAUCUAUGCAGCGAGAAAGCGGCGGUGCUUGUAUAGAAUUAGGAGAGUUUGGUCUUGAAGGUGAGAUUGAGAGGUUGAGGAGAGACAGAUCUGUUUUAGUGGCUGAAAUUGUGAAACUGAGACAGCAGCAGAAUAAUUCAAGGGAUCAGUUAUCUGCUAUGGAAGCUAGGCUGUUGGUUACUGAGAAGAAACAUCAACAGAUGAUGGCUUUUCUUGCAAAAGCACUUAGUAGUCAAUCUUUUAUUCAGCAAUUGGCGAAUAAGAAAGAGUUGAAAGGUGUUGAAAUGAAGCGGAAGAGGAGGCUCACUGCUAGUUCAAGUUUGGAGAUUUUGCAGAAGGAUUCCGUGACGAUGAUGACAGUGCCGAUUGAAUCUGUGGUGGAUUAUUCUAGUCAAGAACAACAAGAGGGCUUGACUGCUAUAGAGUCUGAGAUAGAGACAUUGUUAAGUGCUUAUGAUAAUGAGUCGAAGAGUGAAAUCAAAGACUAUGCAUCAUUGAGUUCAGUUCCGAGUGCUAAUGAGAGUAAUUUGGGUGAUUGGGAGGAUUUACUGAACCAAGAGUUGGUUGGUGGGAAUCCAGAGGAUGAAGUUUUGAUUGGUGAGUUCUCACAAAUUGAUGCACCGGUUGAGGAUUUGGUAGAAAAGAAUGGUGAUUGGACUGUGGAUUUGCAGAACCUCGUUGAUCAAAUGGAUUUUGAACCUUAAUCAAAAUGGUUGUAGAAUUUUGAUCUUUGUUUUUUUGUCACUUCAUUUGCACCUUGCUGGUAUGGGAUUUGUCGUUUAUGUUGUUGUUUUAUGAUUGAUGAUUAAUAAAAAUUUCUGUGAUGGUAAUUGAUGUAGAAUAUGAAUGGCUUUUAUGCAGCAGGGAAGAUUGUAGAUGCAGAGGAAGCCAAAAGAUGUGUAUCCUUAAUUGAACAACAAUAUAAGUUGUGUGAAGUAGUUUGAAUUAUUGCUUGUGCUAAAUAAGUUAUAGUACUGUACUAUUUUUAAUUAUGUCCUUUUGUUUGUAACUACAUUGUACAUUUUGCAGGCCUGUACUAAAAGUGAAGCAAAUAUUCAAGAUUAUGAUGGAAUGGGAAAAGUAGUGGCCUACAAAUUACUGGAUUGUCAAAUGUUCAUUGUUCAAGGAGGGUUUAUAGCUUUUUUUUAGCAACACUUCAAUUGUUCUUUGACAAUUUCAAAAUAGAUGGAUUAAUUGUGCACUAUUAAAAGUUUAAGAUUCUGCAUUUUUCAGAUAAAUAGACAGAGUAACAUGUUGAUGGGUUGGUUAAUGUUGGUUUUCUUGGGACUGAAUUUACAUGAUGUACUUAUAAGUGAAAAUGCAUUGAAGUCGAGUUUAUGUGUGAUAAGUUUAAUUGUUUUUUUUAAGAUAUUUUUUAGUUUAUUAGGAUGCCUUUGUUUUUGUUUAGUUUCCUUGAUGCUCUUUUUUUCUUCUCUACAGUUAUUUGAAUUUUUCUGAUGAAAUUUUUAAAUAGAUAUUUAUUGGAUUAUAUUGUUUGUGGUGGUUGUGUUGAUGACUCAACAUAAUCGAUAGGUUAAGAUAUACAAUGUAAUGAAUGUGCAGUUUAAGUUUAACGAAU